AGUAUUUGUUUCAUCAAGGUAUUCAAUAUGGCCAUUGCAGGUAAUGGUUAAUGAGUUACCUUAUGCUAUAAGAAGGAAAAACAUUUUUCUUGGUGGCUUAUGGUUUGGUGACUCUAAACCUGACAUGAAUACCUUCCUCAAACCUUUUGUCACUGAAAUGAAUACACUAUCAGAUACUGGCUUUAAGUGGGGUACAGAAAAUGACAGCCACACCAGUAGGGUGUUUGUAACAACAUGCUCUUGUGACUCAGUAGCUCGCUGUCUUGUACAAAAUGUGACACAGUUCAAUGGUUGGUGUGGGUGUAAUUGGUGUUUGUCACAAGGUGAAGUAGUUUCAGUUGGUAGAGGGCAUGCAAGGGUUUAUAGUAUGGAGAACCAACUACCAGUUAAGAGGAAUAAAACUUCUCACAUAGAACAUGCGAGAACAGCUGUUCAGCAGGACAAACCUUGUAUGGGUGUCAAAGGUCCAUCAAUCUUGUUUCUUUUAAUGUAUUUUGACAUUGUAAACAAUUUUGUUGUUGACUAUAUGCACUCUGUAUGUUUGGGUGUUGCACGCCAGGUAGCAGGUCUAUGGCUUGACAGUUCAAAUCAUGCCAAAAAUUUCUACAUUGGUAACUCCAUAAAACACCUUAGUGACCGCCUUCAAUGUAUAAGACCACCAAAGGAAAUCACACGUAUUCCUGGUGCCUUGCAACACAGAAAAAGUUGGAAAGCUAGUGAAUGGAGAGCAUGGCUUCUCCAUUAUUCCUGUGUUGUGACAGUUGGGUUCCUAGGUAAACAAUACCAUGAUCAUUGGAUGACACUUGUAACAGCUAUGCAUUUGUUGCUUGCAGACAAACUAGAUGAUGAAUCUUUUCACCUAUGUGAAUCAUUACUCAUAGAUUUUGUAGUUAAAUUUCAACAGCUUUAUGGAAAAGAGUGUAUGACUUACAAUGUCCAUCAGUUGCUCCAUGUAAUGGAUUGUGUGAAAAACUGGGGACAGCUCUGGGUGUAUUCAACUUUUCCUUUUGAGAGCAUGAAUGGAAAGCUCACAAAAAUGUUUCAUGGCACAACUUGUGUGCAUAAGCAGAUAUCAGAAAAGUUUAUGUUGAUUAAGUCAUUACCAUCAUUAUCAAUUGGGGCCUUUACCAAUAGCCCUAACCUUUUAAGCUUUUUCCAAAAAAAUGUGUAUGGUUUUGCUAAGGGUAUUAAAGAGGCAUAUAAUGAGACUGUAUGUAUUUUAGGCCUGCCUGUCAGACUUGCCCUCAACUUUGAACAGCUAUGUUCAUUGAAUAAUAUUGGUGUAACAUUAAAAGAUAGAACUGUCCAGGCAUACCCACGAUUAGUUCUUCAGAAUGGUUUAUAUUUCGUAUCUGAACAGUUAAAGCAUAAGAAACAAGAAAGAAAUAAUUCCUGCUUUCACUUAAGAGAUGGUCGGAUUGGGACCCUGCAGUUAGUGGUUGCAGUGUGUAAAAAUGAAUGUGAAGAUGAUAUAUGUAACUGUAAAAAAGAAUUGUACUGUAUAUUUCGACGUUUAACAUCUACUCGAAUAAUGUUUCAGUUAAAUACAGGUAUAUAUAAAGUUAAGGGGCAUCAAAUUAGAGAGGUUGAACUCACUAAUGAAUUGAUAGCAUGUAAUUUAUCUGAUAUAGCAAAUAAGUAUAUUUACAUGAAAAUACAAAGAAAGACGUUUGUUUCACUUCUUCCAAAUGCCAUUGAGCUUGACUGAAAAUUAAUGUAUAGCGUAUA